GGAAGAUUUCUUAAUCGGUCAGUGUUGUUUACUGGGUGCUGUUGUCAUAAUUUUGUCAGUCAUAAUUUUUUGAUAUUUUUUUGCAAAUCACGAAAUUCACUAAAAUCGCAAGCAUCAGAUAUUAUAUCUACAUCCCCGAAGGCUCUUUCAGCAAAUAAUGAUUUACGCGGGAAAAAGCCAAACAAUCCAGAAAAGUUGAUGAUUACGUCAAAAAGAAAACAAAAACAAUGGCUUCAGUAGAAGAUCAAAAUUUACCAAACUCCUUGGAGAAGUUGGAGAUUGCCAAUGUAAGUGGAUUGAGGAGAGUAUCAGAGAACCCCUUCUUUGUUCGUCCGGAAGCAGGAACUUCGGAAGCAGACAGCAGUUUGUCGGAUCGUCUCUUUGGGACACGAUGCAACAGUUGCUCCACUGAAUGUGCCUCUACUAGCUCUACUAAACAAAGAAAUGAAAUUGAGCACACAAUAAUUAGCAGAAAAUGUUUCAAGAAAUAUACACGGAAGCGAAUUCUGAGGGAGCCUAUCCUCAAGACAGUCUGCCGAUGCAUCCACGAAAGGUAUACGCCCAACAAGAAGCCAAAAGAUGUAGCAGAUAGCCAAAUUGAUAUGCAAGAUUUGAAGAAAUGCUUCGAUCUGAGUCGCCUUCUUCCGGAGAACCUUCUCGAAUCUGAUGAAAAAGCCACAAGGAGGAGAGAAUUGAAUCAACGACGUCUCAAGCGUCGAGCAUCGCAGAGCGAAGAUGAUGAUACAAAUCAAGAAUUAUUCGAUGUAUCUCCUCACAGCAAUUUAUGCGUUCCAAGACUUCCUGCAAAUGGUUCAUCAUGCUCACAACAGGCGCGUAUUCAUGUUGUAGCUGCCACAUGUGAUGUCACAAUCGACGAGUUAGCCAGCUACUUCGAGACAUUCGUUCACAUACCCAAAAAAAUGUCCUCAAUGGCUGAAAUGAUGUACACAUAAAACUCGGAAGAAAAAUAUACAUUAUUUUCAAUUAAAAGAUAAAUCCCCAAAAGCAACAUAUCUACAUUAUGUAGGACAUUUUACUCUCAUAGAAUAUUAACUCUAAAUUACAAAUAUUCUUUCACUCACAAGUCAAUAAAUUUAUCUUAUUAUGGUUAUUUGAAAUAAAAUAUUGGCAGAAUUUACUCCUAAAAAACAU